CUUUAACUCGGACGUCCCGUUAGGAGAGCCCAUGCUUCAAGCCACCGGGAAAGCCAUCGAUAAAAGUUAUCGCUUUGUGGUCAUCGCUUCCAAAAGUUAUAUGGAAAAUGAUCUGAAAGUAAUGGAAUUCGACUACAUUCAACAAGCCAUAUAUGGCCAGGAAAGCAAACUGAAAGACAGAUUAAUUAUUAUACAAAUACAACCUUGUGACAUAAUAGGAGUUUAUAGAGUCCCAUGUAUCGAGAUACCAGAGCUAGCUCAACAAAUCGAUACCAUGGAUCAGACGAUGCUUCAACGAUUUCUUACCUGGGAGUUUUGCACCAGACCACCAAAUAUUGCUAGAUCACCACGUGAUCACUAUAGGAAUUUAAAGGAGACUGUGACUGUGACUGCCCAACUAAUUGUCCCAAUAUUCAUUGUGCUCUCUGUACUCUUGGUCAUUGUAUUAAGUUUAAGAAUUUGACUUUGAUUUUUUUUUUUAAACUUGUUUAUGGGUAAAUCUUAG